UCCGACUGUGAUGAAUCGAAAAUGCGUUUCCUAGAAGCCAUCAUCACUGCAACACUUCCGAUCUUCAUCAUCAUACACAACCACAACGCAGAGAAAUGUGAACGAACGAGAAUUGGGAACGAAUACUACAAACGUCAACUUAUUGCUAACAUCAAUGGUUACCCGACCGGCAUGGUCAUAGACCCAAGAACUGAACAUGUAUUUUUCAUUCUACAUAAACGGAAUUAUACCAAAGGGAUACAUCUUUUGAAACAUGGAUCCUUAGGGAUAAAAGAACUGCCGAUAGCAGAUGAUGUACUUGGACAAUGUAUUGGUAUAGAUGCAGCAAACAAUGUCAUUUAUAUUGGAACAAAUCAAGGACUAAUAACAUAUGAUUAUUCCAGAACUGAAAUCACAGCGGAGAGACCUAUAGGUGAUGAUGAUGUGAAAAAUAUAUUUAUUGAUAAAAGUGAUAACAGAAUGUAUAUAACGACUGGACCUAAUCACGAAAUAUUUAGAUUUAUGAAUGGUUCUGCAGCUGUUAAAAGGUAUGAUAAAAUACCAAAAGCAUACAGUUUCAUUCUGGAUGCUAAAGGCAAUGCGUUUUAUGAAUAUGUGGAUGGAAGAUUGUACUUCUUUUCAGUAGAUUUGUAUGAACCAAUACAAUAUAAAGGUCUCACUAGGGAAUUGAAAUAUAUACUCCAAUUGAAUAAUAAUGAAGAGGCAAUUGUUGCUGUAAAAGGUUCACUGUUCCGAUUGUUCACGAAAAGUAUACUUCCAGUUAAAAUAGGAGAGUUGGGCUUCAAAAUAACGGGUAUGGCGUUCGAUAAAAAGAAUAAUAUUAUAGUUGGAACUAAAGGCAAGAUAUAUAGGUACAAACCGAUUGAUGGCAAUGAUCCUUGCCCUGCUGAUGAUUACUUUAUGUCCAGCAUAUAACUCAGUCUCCAUGCUUUUAACACGUUAAGGGCCGCAUGCCCACCGGUGGACGGAACGAAACUCCGCAACGAAAGUAAAACACGUUAGUACCGGUGAUCACCCCUGGGCAUUUUAACUGAAAUAAAUGUGGGAGUUAUUUAUUUUUAUUUAUUUAUUUGUGUAUUACUCACUAAACGAUUACUUGAAUGACGAGCGUGCAUGGCAAUAGUUUUCAUGU